CACACACACACACACACGGACAAGGAAGCACAUUUGACUGUGAUAGCAAAGAGGCAAGGAGAUGCUCGGACGUUUAUUCAACGGUCGCUCCGUUGAGCAAAUGGACCCGCAGGCUGGUAGUACAAGGAGUAAUAGCGCCCCCUCUGGUAAUAGUUUGAGCACAAAGAUGAUGACCAUGAACUUGUCCUCGAUUUCUGAUAUCAAGACAUCACCGUUCCCCAAUGACGACUCCUACUCCAAAACAAUACUUUACGGUACGCCAAACCAGUUGAACUUCACCCCGCUACAUCCGUAUAGCUUUAGAAUGGUACUGGUACAAGAUAAGGGUGAGAUCAUCAACAGGGAUAACCAUAAGGUGCUGUACGACUCUUCCAGGGAUCACCAUUUUGAUGACCCCGUGGCGAAGAAAUGUGAUUAUAGGCAUGAGAUUUCGGAGUUGCUGGACUUUAUGUUUGGUAACCCAAUACACCAAGACUUCCAUUAUAGAGGCAGGGUUAAGCUGCACGUCUUGUCCUCCCUUCCGGGCUUACAGAAAUCUGUACUGCUAUCGACACAGUUUGAACACUCCAAAUUGAACUUUGCCAUUGCGGUUGUCAUACCUGUCAACCAGGAACAACUGUCACAAUGUAUCAUACCGAACUGGAAACAGCUGAUACAUCACAUCGCCCUUAUAAAAACCUCGUUCAUUGAAAACCAUGUGCUGCAGAAACAACAACAAGGGAAUUACCUUGAUAUUGCAAUCUUGUUCAAACAAGCAAUCAUCUCAUUACAAAACUUAGUUUCAAUCCCACGGAUACUAUUGGGGAUCACUCAGUUCGAUUCGAUAUUCCAAGAUUGGUGUUUUGAAGUUAAUAACUGGAUAGAGAUCAAAGACGGUGCAAGAUUGGGUUGUAUAGGAACCAAAUUCUUGCAAAGCCUGCUCGCUGUGGUCAACGGCAUCAAAGAUGACAUUUCUCUCGCAAACUCCAAUAAUGUUGUUAGGGUAGUGAUCAUGGCCAUCAAUCCAAUAGUGGUUCAAAAGUUGAUAUUCAUCAUAAGCGGAAUUCUACCAUACAACCCGGAAUUAAAGAUUAGCUCCUCUGCUUCAAAUAUCGACACAACUCUCGAAGAUGCUACUCAAGGCAUCCAGAGGCAUAAUCCAAAGAGGGACGAGCCGGUAUCGCCACAGUAUAUUGCAACAACGAGGGGUUCACCUUCAACGCCAUCAAUAAUUAGCAAAGGUUGGGAAAUUCCUAGCAUAACACCUUCACGAUCCACCGCAACGACAACGACAAUGACACCCAUUUCAAGACCUUCAAUGAUUCAACCGAUGGCAUCCUCCAGUUCUGUUGCUCAGUUAUCAUCCUCGCUACAGUCUCAUAACUCUUUCUCGUCAUCAUUAUCGAGAGGCUUCCACAUGUUGCAAAACUGGAAAAAUUCAAUGGAUUCAACGUCUUCAUCGAUGACAAAUUCCAUACACGGCUACCAUACACCAUCGCCGAAGAUGGAGUAUGAUGAAUAUCCUUGGUCCACAACUACUGCAACAACAACAACUCCAUGUCAACAACCCCUUCCUAAUUCUUUACCGAGAACAAUGUCGAGUUUUGACCUCACACAGAACAUGGGUAAACUGAAGAGGGUUAUGCCCAAGUUGCCACAUAUCGGAAGGAACGUUGUUAAUGUUAUGUCAGUUGGGGACUCUUGUUCUCCUCUGACGAAAUCUGAACGGUUAAAUGAAUAUCGAAAUGAACUGUUACAGCUCAUGGAUAACAGUACGAGUUGUAUCACAACGUCACUUGAAUAUGACCCUAUCAAAUCCGUCUCGGUGGUGAAUGUGCAAUAUGAUGAUUUGACAUCAGAGUAUGAACAUGAACGCAGAAGAACGGUUGCCCUUGAACCUCUAUGUGGAUAUAUCUCAGAGUUCACACCAUGUUUCAAAUUGCAAGCGUGUCCACCUUCACAGGACUUGGAGACGAAGAUCAUUAACACCAUGAGAAACGAUUUGUUGGAGGCCAACUGCGAAGAAACACGUACAAUAUUUGUGUCUCUGAGAGCCCGUGAGAUUAGGGAGUUUGUCAUCAACAAAAGCAUUGAUAACCUCGGAACGUAUAAACCAACGAUCAGAAGGCUAUACACCAACGGAAAACCCAGCUCGUAUGUGGAUAGAGCUGCAUUCGACAAAGUCUCCAAAGUAUUGGACAGUGUUGGAGACUGUGAUGGAUCACAGGAGUCGAUGCAAAGGGUAAGGACGCUGCUGUCUCAGAUCUGAG